CUGCUGUUCACUUCUCAGUAACUCGGUUACCUCAGUGCAACCUCAGGCCUCAGUGCCUAAGGAAACUGGCGUAUUUUCCCCACCACGUACCUCUGUUGAAACCCUUUAGACUGGGCUUAUCCUUCAUGAAAAGAAGUGCUUCCCCGAUCGCCUCAGAGUCGCAUGCCAGUGAGCUCCUGCACGGCUGCUCUGUUUCGCCACUCACUUCAACGUCCGAGAGCAGUCAUACGGUCUUGCGGCGGUCGAAGCGGAUAAAAGUCGAGAGCGAUGUACCGCGGGAUCCUGGUGACGACCAUUCUACCUUGGUCACAGUUGAAGCCAUCGAGGAGACGACACUUCAAGUUGGCCCAACUGUCUUGUCCAAAGGGGCGAAACGUAAAACGACUGUUCGAGUGAAGAAGGAAGGCAGUGCGUCUCCUAAGAAGCAGAAACCCAUCCAGCAAGCACUGGAGACACCGCACCCUGCACCUGCACGAUGGUCGGAGGCGUACAGUACCAUCAAGGAUAUGCGCUCCCGCAUUGUGGCCCCUGUCGACACGAUGGGAUGUAACAGGGCCCAGCUCGAGGAGACUAUUCCGCAGAAUCAGCGGUUCGCUACGCUCGUCUCGCUCAUGCUGUCCUCGCAGACGAAGGACGAAACCACCUUUGCCGCCGUCGGCAAAUUACGCGAGGCCGUUGGGGGUAGUCUCAGCGUAGACGCUGUCCUGAAAGCAGACGCCUCUGCCAUCUCCGAGGCCAUUUGCAAGGUUGGUUUCUGGCGACGCAAGACACAGUACAUCAAACAAGCCACUCAACGGCUUCGCGACGACUUCAACUCGGAUGUUCCCAAGACGGUGGACGAACUCUGCUCUCUACCGGGCGUGGGUCCGAAGAUGGCAUUCCUCUGCCUUCAAGACGCAUGGAAGCUAAACGCGGGCAUAGGAGUUGACGUACAUGUUCAUCGUAUCACUAACAGGUUGGGUUGGCACAAGCCGCCUACCAAGACCCCCGAGGAGACACGUCUUAACCUCCAAUCGUGGCUGCCUCUGGAACUGCAUCCGGAGAUCAAUGCCCUUCUAGUAGGCUUCGGCCAGACAAUAUGCCUCCCUGUCGGACCGCGGUGCGACAGCUGUGAACUCAAUAAAGAUCUCUGCCCGAGCGCGCGUAAGGGCAAGUCGAAGUCAAAGAAAGAGAAGGCUGUCGUGGCCGCUGUACGCGGAGCGGGUCCCAAGGUAGAAAUCGCGCUGGAAACGGAGUCAGUCGGCGCUGCAAGUGACGCUUCCUCGCCGUUGUCCGAGGUUUCGGAAUGAGAAAUCGUUAUCAUCUAUCUGGCGAUGUAGCGCAUCGCCCCCUGCUGUUGUGUCUGUUGUUUUCGCGUCUGCUUGUGAAUUCCGUGUAUCUUCGAUGCUCACGUAUGUCACACCGCCUUCGUGGUCUCAGGCAGGGUCGAUGGCAUGUCCCAGGAUCAUUUCUCGAGCCACACGAACCGUUCGAGGAUGUCCCGGCAUGUCUGGAGACAAACAUCACUUAGCCCGGUCUUCCCGGUCUUCUUCCUAUUGAAUGGCGACCGCGGGAUGUCAAGACUGCCAUUGCCAUGGCCUUGAGCGUGUGCGUCUCGUGCAUCGCAGAAACCAUGUUCUCUCCGAAGUGCUGCAUCCGCUUUCAGUAUGAUUUGCCCGAGUGUAGGUCUCUUCUCUGGCUGUAUAUCGACUCAACCGCCAGAUCGCCGCCGCA